AUGUUAAUUCCAUUUGAAACCGCCAAUGUUCACCGAGCUACGCAGGAGGCGUUACGUGUAUCAUUUACUUGUCGAUAUCCCCCAGUGCCGCAGGACGAGUGUUCGAGCGCCGGCGUCGGUGCCAGUGCCGGUCCGCGCGUCGGUGACCCCCCACAAACGCCGCUACACUUACUACAACAAGAUGUUCAAGCCCAUCACAUACACGCUGCCACAGCCGCUCAGGGUCUCUCUGGUUUAAGGGAAACU